UCCACACAAACGAGGAAGAUAAAGAGGAAAAAAGAAAAAAAGGUUGGAAAAGAGUCACAAUGGCGAAGAGCUCCAGGGCAUCAUCAUCCUCCUCGUCCAUGGAAUUCCUCUUGAUUGAAGACCUCGAUUUCGUUCAAGUCGAAGAACAGGGCCUGUCUCACUGGGAGUUCGUCAACGCCUCCGACGCUGACUCGGAAAGAGGAGAACAAGGAGAUGAAAUAGACGAAGACAAAGAAGAUUGCAUCGGAAAUGGAAUUGGCUCGUUGGAUUCUGAUAUCUCCACGCCCAUUUGUUUAAAGAAUAGUCAAAUGGAAAACCGUGAUGUAGAUCAUCAAAAUCCUCAUCAUCAUGAUGUGGAUGCGGGUGUGAAAUACGAGGCUGGGUAUUGCGGUUUUGCUCGUGGGUAUGAUGAUGGCGGGCGUGGUGAGGAACAAUUUGACAAUGAGGGCGAUGAAGAUGAUGAUGCAAAUGACGGGUAUGACUUGAACGACGAGCUCGUGCCGUGGAAUGUGAGCGAUAAGUUCGGGAGGCAGAGGAUGAGGAAGUUGGGGAAGAGGGCGUUUCCGAAGAUGCACAACUCCAAGAGGUCUCCUUAUCUGUUUGUGAGGCCUGGUUGUGUGCGUGGAAAGCAUGGUCUGGGUUUGAAGCACAGUUUCUAGUGAAUUGGAAAACUGAAUGCAAAAGAUGGUGAUCUCAGGAGUUUGGUGGUAUCUGCUAGAUUUGGUUUAAGGUGGAACUAUAUUCUGGGUUAAUUAGAUUGUCAAUUUUAGGGUAUGGUACUUGGCUUAUUUUAUCUGGUUGCUGUGUAAUUGACUUGUUAUCUUUCAUUGUCUAUGAAGAUCAUUAACUUUUAAUGGAAAACUUGAUUGGUUAUAUCUAUGUA